AUGACUUUGAUAGAAUAUUUCACAGUACGCAGUGGUUCAAGUUUUCAUGUUUGUUUUCUGCUCUGUUUUGAACUUGAAGGUCUAGUGGUCCUCCAUUGUGUUGCAGCAGAUGGGAAUUCGACAAGAAGUCCUGAAAUUAAUGGCAUCCUCUGCGGAGAUCCCGAGGAAAACUGUGCAGCUACCACGACGCCACCCAAGCGGAAGGGCCACUUCGCCCGCUGCCCCAGGCAGUACAGGCACUACUGCAUCAAAGGGAGGUGCCGCUUUGUGCUGGCGGAGCAGACGCCCUCCUGCGUAGGAGAUAGAAGACAGAUUUUGGUGAUCUGUUUGAUAGCAGUUAUGGUAAUUUUUAUCAUCUUGGUUGUCGGUGUCUGCACCUGCUGUCAUCCUCUUCGGAAACGUCGUAAAAGAAAGAAGAAGGAAGAAGAAAUGGAAACUCUGGGCAAAGAUAUAACUCCUAUAAAUGAAGAUGUUCAAGAAACUAAUAUUGCUUAACGCUACGAAGGUACCUCCAGGUUGGUGGCAACCUGCAAAACGCCUUGCUCAUUUGAAGAUGGACAGAACGUGUCU